CCUGUGUGAGGAAAAAGGCAUCCAGAAAAGCAACACAUCGUCAUGCGUACGGCCAAACGAGCCACAGCACGGCGAAAUACCAAAACAAAGAGAUAUAUUGACAGGAAAUAAUACAGGUGGAAGCGACUGUGCAGAUUUAAGUCUGUGCACAAUCAGGGGAAGCGACGCAUGGUCCUCUCAUAUGGACAUUGUUGUGGUUUGAGAGGACGAAAGUAUGUUUACAUGACUGGCCGUUUCGGGACAGAACGGUGACAGUUGAACGAAUCGCAGAGUCGGGUUGCGUUGAACGGCACAGACAUUCCCGAAGAUGCUGAAGAGAUUGGCCGCAUCGGCGUCAUGCAGCAGCUGUCUCCUCGCCUUCAUCCUCGCCUUCGUCUCGCCCAGGUGUACGCUGUCUAUCGGUGCCGACAAAAAUAUGGUCAAUAAAGAGGAUUAUUAUAGCGCCACGGUGAAUGCCACUGUUCUGGACCAUAAAGGCAAUCCCCAACACAUGGUCACGAAGAAUGACGGGCGAUAUGGGCAGAAUUCUCCCAAAAUAGAGGCGAAGGGCAUCGUCAUUGCACCUGCUGCUGUAAAUGGAGCUGUGGAUAUGCAAGGAUGCUGUCAAAACACUCGGUUUGUAGUGCCUCCAAAGACCACACACUGGGUUGCCAUAAUGCAAAGAGGGAAAUGCACCUUCAAGGAGAAGAUCCUCAAGGCAGCUGCUUUCAAUGCCUCGACUGUCAUUAUCUAUAAUAACAACACCAAAGAAGACACAGUCACCAUGGCUCAUGAAGGCACCGGUGACACAGUGGCGGUUAUGAUCACUGAAACCUUUGGAAAGGAAAUUCUGGGCUUCCUGGAGAAGAACCAGACUGUGCUAGUGUCAGUAAUGGUGGGGUCACGAGGGCCACCCAAGAACAUCAACCGUGGCUCUUUGGUGUUUGUCUCAAUCUCCUUCAUUGUGCUGAUGAUUAUCUCCUCUGCUUGGCUCAUCUUUUACUUCAUCCAGAAGAUCAGAGACACCAGCGCACGGGACCGCAGUCAGCGACGACUGGGAGAUGCUGCCAAGAAGGCCAUUAGCAAGCUGACUACCAGGACAGUAAAGCGAGGGGACAAGGAAACUGAGCCAGAUUUUAAUCAUUGUGCAGUGUGCAUUGAAGGAUACCAACUAAAUGAUGUGGUCCGCAUCCUACCUUGCAAGCAUGUCUUCCAUAAAAUGUGUGUGGACCCUUGGCUAAAUGAGCACUGCACCUGCCCUAUGUGUAAACUCAACAUCCUCAAAGCCCUGGGAGUUAUGCCCAACCUGCCUUGCGUGGACAACUUGGCUUUUGACAUGGAGCGAAUGUCCCGCAGUCAGACCGCCAGCCAGAGGACGGCGCUGAUGGACCUGUCCUCAGACACCAGCAUCAGUCUGGAACCCUUACGCCACUCCAGUUCCUCCCAGCUCCCCUCUGAUGAAGAGCUCAUCCCCCGCUCUGGAGAGAUCAACAUCGCUGUCACUAGUGGUCAUUUCUUCAACCGGAGUUCUUUGUCUCUACGCAGCGUCAUCUGCGAGAUGGAGCUCCCUGAUAUCCAAGCGUCACUGGACAUGUAUGACGACAACAAAUCCUGAGGAUACGCACCUUCUCCACACUAAUCCCAUUCCUCCAUCAUCUCCUCCCAACCCCUAACUGGGGGAAAAAAAUGUAACAACGUUUGUGAGUGUGAAAUGGAGUGAACAUACUUGACGGUGACCACACUGACUAUGGCGAUAAACUACCCUGUAGAAUGAUCCAUGUAGCGAUCAGUCACCUCAAGAGGAUGUGAUUGGACUACUGUUCUGCACGUCAGCACCAUCAUCAGCCUCCGUACACUUUGGAAAUGAUUUUUCUCUCUCUCUCUUUGAGACUUUUAAAAGUAUGUCAAAAGACAUUUUGUCACAGAUGACUGUGAAGUUCAUUUUUUGUUACCCAUAGUUAGCCACAAAUGUUGUCUGUUUGACUUAAGUUGUCUCAUGUAUGUAAUUUGCAGACUGUUUUUAUGUUCCAUGCUUACUAUUGUGUAAAAUGGGGAAAACUCUUUCAGUGGUAAAAUGAGGAUGGAAACUGAGCCUUUAUACAGUAGAGUGUCUGCUUUGUAUUCUCCUGCUUUUGUAGCAAAACAUUGUCUCAGAUGAAAACAAACUUAUGCUCAAAUGCCGAAGCUUUACUUCUAGUGCUGGCCAGUUAGCACUCAAAACUCCUCAACAAUUCAGCAUUACUUCCUCAAGAAAUAUACAGUAUUUCUCUGUACAUAGAAUGAAAAUGUUUUAAACAUAUAUUUAAAGAAAAAUCCUAUGGAAUAGCCUACCUUCAGCGAUUACUAAUCAGUUCCAACCAAGGGGACCUAAAAUAUAUAAGCAGAAUUUGCAUAUAAUAAUUCAUAUAUCUCUUUCAAGUGGCCUCUUAGCACAUUUUGUCUUUCCUGGAUCUUGUCUGUGCACAAGAGUGUCUGUCUCUUUGUUUUAGUAGCAAAAUUUUGGGGGUGGCAUUGUGACCAUACUGGUCUGCACUCUCAAAGAAUCACACAGCUGGAGUGCUGAUCGGUUUUGUUUUUCGCCAUGCAGUUACAGUUAGGAAAGGGCAAAUAAGGUUGGUCUUGGGUCAGAACCUCUACUUUGAGUCACAUAGUGAGUGAAGUCUCUGCUUUAUGUGGGUCAUAAUGGGUUAUGUUACAUACUGCCUCACCAUUAAACUUGUCAUA